AUGACUGCCUCUGCUUUACAAGGGACGUGCUUUCUGGAUAAUUUCACAUGUCUGUUUCAAAUUUCAGUGUCUGCUCUGUUGUUUACAGUUUCCAUUUCAGGCAUCCUUGGAGCACCUUUGCUUACAGAAGAGUCAUCAAAUCAGUUUAUAUGACUUAAAAGACAUAAACCAUAUUCUCAGACCUACUGGGAUUCAAGCAGCAGCCAAAAUUCAUGGGUACACACUGCAGCCAAAACUGUUAGUGAAUCACAGACCACUCAGAGAGACACAGCACAAUACUACAUGGACUUGGGUUCUUUUGCCUUUGAGCCUUCAGUAAUUUAUCCCAUCUUUUCUAACAACAGCAUCAGAUCUUAUAUGGACAUGCUACAGCAAUCUGGGACUCAACUCCAGCAACAGACAAGGAUGAGCUAA